GCCGUUUGCGGGAGGAGGGCUCUGAUUGGCCGGGAGGAUGCGGGGGAUGCGGGCGGCGGGGUUAAGUGCGUCGCCACCGCCCCCGCCUAGGCGAGAGCCCAGAGAGCUGAACCUGCAGCCUGGACCUGCAGCGACCGUCGUACACCAUGGGCCUCCACCUCCGCCCCUACCGUGUGGGGCUGCUCCCGGAUGGCCUCCUGUUCCUCUUGCUGCUGCUAAUGCUGCUCGCAGACCCAGCGCUCCCGGCCGGACGUCAUCCCCCAGUGGUGCUGGUCCCUGGUGAUUUGGGGAACCAGCUGGAAGCCAAACUGGAUAAGCCGACAGUGGUGCACUACCUCUGCUCCAAGAAGACUGAAAGCUACUUCACAAUCUGGCUGAACCUGGAACUGCUGCUGCCUGUCAUCAUUGACUGCUGGAUUGACAAUAUCAGGCUGGUUUACAACAAAACAUCCAGGGCCACCCAGUUUCCUGAUGGUGUGGAUGUACGUGUCCCUGGCUUUGGGAAGACCUUCUCACUGGAGUUCCUGGACCCCAGCAAAAGCAGCGUGGGUUCCUAUUUCCACACCAUGGUGGAGAGCCUUGUGGGCUGGGGCUACACACGGGGUGAGGAUGUCCGAGGGGCUCCCUAUGACUGGCGCCGAGCCCCAACUCAGUGGUUCGGGCUCCAGGACCCUUCCCGCCUGACCCCUGCCUGGCUCUGGCCUGCAGAUGAAAACGGGCCUUACUUCCUGGCCCUCCGCGAGAUGAUCGAGGAGAUGUACCAGCUGUAUGGGGGCCCCGUGGUGCUGGUUGCCCAUAGUAUGGGCAACAUGUACACGCUCUACUUUCUGCAGCGGCAGCCGCAGGCCUGGAAGGACAAGUAUAUCCGGGCCUUCGUGUCACUGGGUGCGCCCUGGGGGGGCGUGGCCAAGACCCUGCGCGUCCUGGCUUCAGGAGACAACAACCGGAUCCCAGUCAUCGGGCCCCUGAAGAUCCGGGAGCAGCAGCGGUCAGCUGUCUCCACCAGCUGGCUGCUGCCCUACAGCUACACGUGGUCACCUGAGAAGGUGUUCGUGCAGACGCCCACGACCAACUACACACUGCGGGACUACCGCAGGUUCUUCCAGGACAUCGGCUUUGAAGACGGCUGGCUCAUGCGGCAGGACACAGAAGGGCUGGUGGAAGCCACGAUGCCACCUGGCGUGCAGCUGCACUGCCUCUAUGGCACUGGUGUCCCCACACCAGACUCCUUCUACUAUGAGAGCUUCCCUGACCGUGACCCUAAAAUCUGCUUUGGUGACGGCGAUGGUACUGUGAACUUGAAGAGUGCCCUGCAGUGCCAGGCCUGGCAGAGCCUCCAGGAGCACCAAGUGUUGCUACGGGAGCUGCCAGGCAGCGAGCACAUCGAGAUGCUGGCCAACGCCACCACCCUGGCCUAUCUGAAACGUGUGCUCCUUGGGCCCUGACUCCUGUGCCAGGCAGGGCUGGAUGGCUCAGCUGUGGACCUGCUCUUGGCCUCUGGUGCUGUCAUGGCCCAUGAGUUUCACAGAGUUUGUGACUGACUAUUCAAGGCCCUGAGUCUUGGACUGUGAAGCAUCUGCCGUGGGGAAGUGCUGUUUGUUAUCCUUUCUCUGUGGCAGUGAAGAAGGAAGAAAUGAGAGUCUGGACUCAGGGACCCUGGAUGGCAAGAAUGCUGCUGAUGGUGGAAUUGCUGUGACCUCAGGACUGGCUCCACAGGGUGGGCUGGCUGGGCCCUGGUCCCAAUCCCUACCUGGGGCCGUGUGUCCCCCUACUCCUAUGGGCUUUUCAUACUUGCCUCCUGGGCCCUGGCCCCGCUGCCUUCCUAUGAGGGAUGUUACUGUGCUGUGGUCCUGUACCCAGAGGUCCCAGGGAUGGGCUCCUGGCCCCUCGGGUGACCCUUCCCACACACCAGCCACAGGUAGGCCUGCCACUGGCCAUGGGUAGCUAGAGCUGCUGGCUUCCCUGUGGCUUAGCUGGUGGCCAGCCUCACUGGCUUCCUGGGUGAGCCCAGUAGUCCCUGCAGGCAGGGGCAGUUUGUUGCAUUCUUCAUGGUUCCCAGGCCCUGGGACAUUUCACUCUACUCCUACCUCCCUUACCGCCAAGAGCAGUCAAGCUCUGGAUUGGGCAGCAGAUGUGCCCCCAGUCCUGAAGGCUGUGUCCCAGGAGCUCUGAUUUCCUCGGAUGUGCUGUUGGCCCCAGGACUGAAGCUGCCUCCCUUCACCCUGGGACUGUGGUUCCAAGGAUGAGAGCAGGGGUUGGAGCCACAGCCUUCUAGGGGCCUGUGGAGAAAGGGAAUCCAAGGAAGCAGCCAAGGCUGCUCGCAGCUUCCCUGAGCUGUACCUCUUGCUAACCCCACCACCACACUGCCACCCUGCCCUAGAGUCUCACUAGUACCCAAGUGGGUCAGCACGGGGCUGAGGACGGGGCU